GGGAUUCUAUAGUAAUCCUGGCGCUCCCGUGACCUCUCCCUUUUCUUUCUCUUUUGUGGUGAUUUUCUUUUGUAUUGCUUAAACAAAAGAAAAUAGCCCCUGUGCUGCAGGAAGACCCUUUCAAGAGGACUCUUUUAAACAAAUGUAACUUUCAUAGGAUGGGAAAGUAAUCUUUCAGGAGCAAAGAGGUGGUUUCUUUUGGUUUAUAUUUAGGAAAAAAUGCCUAAUAGGAGCUUCAUCAUCUCUCUCAUGGAUAAUUCAGUAGUAUUUGUGGUACUGUUUUGCUUUUUUUGUUACAAUAUGAAUUACUUUGAUUUGCACUCUUAGGCAUUGCUACAGAGGUAGGCCAGCAUUGCUCUGCAAGCUAAAUGUUCUUUUGUGAAGAAAAAAAUUUCAGUAUCAGGGUUGUUUUGARUCCUUUGUUCUAGGACUGAAACAAUCUUAAGUUGAGGCCCUCAUGAGUUUGGGUGAACUCAGACUCUGAUUCCCAAAUUGCAGUUCCUUCAAUAAUUUUGUGUGGCUCUGUUCUUGAUACUUGUUUUCUUCCUUAGGCAUUUUGCAAUUCUGCUCUYACUGGYAUGAAAUUGUUUCCUACAACAUUURUGCUGCGGUGUUUUUCUCAUUGCAAAAUUCCAGUCCCCACCCAUGAUCACUUCCACUUCCUGCAUGAUGUGGAGGGAGGAAAAUGAAACAGGAGUUUUAAACUUUGAAGACUCAUCAUGGAAGACUCAGAAGGUCAUCACUUCAAUUCAGUGGAAGAUGAAACCAAGUACUGGAAGGAGUUGGCUAUGAAAUACAAGCAGUGUGCUGAGAAUACCCAGGAGGAGUUGCGUGAAUUCCAAGAAGGGAGCCGAGAGUAUGAAGCUGAACUGGAGACUCAGCUGCAGCAAACUGAGUCCAGGAACAGAGACCUCCUGUCAGAAAACAACCGGCUGCGGCUGGAGCUGGAGUCAGUGAAGGAGAAGAUUGAAAUGCAGCAUUCGGAAGGGUACAGGCAAAUCUCUGCACUGGAAGAUGACUUGGCACAGACAAGAGCUAUUAAAGAGCAGCUUCAGAAAUACAUUCGAGAACUYGAGCAAGAAAAUGAUGACUUGGAAAGAGCAAAAAGAGCCACUAUAAUGUCUCUGGAGGAUUUUGAACAGCGUUUAAACCAGGCUAUUGAAAGAAAUGCUUUUCUGGAGAGUGAGCUGGAUGAGAAAGAAAAUCUUCUGGAGUCUGUGCAGCGCCUGAAAGAUGAAGCUAGAGAUCUACGACAAGAGCUUGCAGUGCAGCAGAAACAGGAGAAACCCAAAACACCAAUGAGAGCUCCCCUGGAAGCAGAAAGAACAGACACUGCAGUUCAGGCCUCCUUAUCUGUGCCCUCAACACCUGCAAUGCGUCGCACACCCAUCAGCAUACCCACCCCGGGGACAUUCAGGAGAGGUCUUGAGGACACUUAUGGUGCAACUCCUCUCACACCUGCUGCAAGAAUAUCUGCACUUAAUAUUGUGGGAGACUUGCUUCGAAAAGUAGGGGCUUUGGAGUCCAAGCUUGCAUCUUGCCGAAACUUUGUGUAUGACCAAUCUCCAAACAGACCCUCCGUGUCCAUGUACAUGAACAGAGAUGUCCUUGAAACACGCCUGAGUCCUCAUCAGCCUCUGUGUGAUACAGGGUUAGCGAAACGCCUGGAGUUUGGAACACGACCUUCAAACAUUCCAGGACCCAUGAGCCAUCCCUCACAAAGUGUUGUCAAGAUGCUGCUAUGAAAUGCCUGGCUGGCUUUGGGAAAGGACAAGAAAAUGUGUAUUUCAAAGUUUAGUUUUAAAGAGAAUAUCAAUGAGCAAGCAGACAGCAGUGUCAGGGUAGGUGAGAGCUGAGCAAGAAGUCACAAUUGACAGUGGCUUCCAGUGUGGCCUCUGGGCAAGUUCUGUGGGUGACAAAGUGUGACAAAGCAAUGCUGACUGUGGCAGUGCAGGACUGGGAAAUGYUUCCUGCAUCAGCUGCUGUAAAUAGCUCCUGAAGUUUGCUUCUUUUGACACUGCCAAAGCCAUUGUCCUUCUGCCUACAGCACAGCAAUAUUCCCUAUGCAGCUCCUCAGGCUUUGGCUUUUGGUGUUAAAACACCACCAGCUCUGGCUGGAAUUCUGCUUUCUACCAUGGGUGUUGUGUCCUGCUGUCACCCAAAUUAAAGGAAUGUUUUUAUGUGGAGAAAGGUGUAUUUCUGCAGGGAAGCUGCUCAGCUUCUUGUGGGAUGUUUGCUGACCAGAAUGUUGUUGCACAAAAACCUGCCUCUGUAGUGGCAGGAUGUUUCUGUAAGCAAUGAUUUGUCAUUCAGGACAGGUCAUGGUUAAAGGUGAGUCAUGUCUAGUGCUUAGAGUGCUCAGGAGAUCCCAGCAAGGUGGGGGACUUGGAACUGACUUAGCAAGUAGACAUAUUUUAUUUUUCUUUUUUUUUUUUUCUCCCCAUAAUGGCCUGUAAAGCCUGGUGGUUGUAGAAGGCCASAGACCUGAUUAAGAUUUAGUUCUAAUAUCUUGAUAGGUGGGGUUUACUGCUUUACAAGCCUCCCUUUAUUAAGGUGCCUUGAGUGUUAGUGAUUUUCUCUUGUUUUAUUUUUCUAUGUGAAUAUAUCAGCUGYACUAAUUUAGAAAUGCUUUUUUAACCUGAAAAGCCCUUUAUGCUAGAGAAGUGUAUAUGAGUAGAGAAUUAUUUUUACAUAUAUUCCCCCCUCCCAUGGAAUAUUACUGYAUUUGUUUUUUUAAAUGGAGUAGAUUAAUUCCCAGUGUUAAUGUAUUUUAUGGAAACCUGUACUUGCAAAAAUAAUCAUGACUAAACCAUUUUUAUGGGUUUUUUUGUGGCAAGGGAUGGGGAAAGAUUACUUGACAGAAAAAAUACGUAAUGGGUUUGAUGUUUUUUGUUUGCUUUUUUUUAAAGAAAGUGCUGUGAAAACAGCUACCGAUGCAUCUAUUUCUCUAGAAUAUGGAAACCACAGAUCAUUUCCAUUUUUCAGUCCACCUAUGAAAUUGGCUUGACUGGGGAGCAGAAUAAAGCUUAUUUUGAAUGAGA